UAAGCGGAUGGCAAAAAGAUAGCAAAGAUAUUUCCACACUUGCGAGAACCGAAAAAAAAAAACUGAUCUAAUUCAAGAAUCCCUUGUGUUCAAAUCAAUUCACCACUCUGGUGAGUGAAAUCUAUUAUCUAUAGCAUUGAUUCAUCCACGUUUGUCACAUGGUUACUCGUGAUGGAAGCAGAGCAUCACGAUUCUGAUGACAACUCAAGAACUUUAAUUUGCACCAAGUCAUGAGCAGGGGCCAACAAAGAUGAAACGACAAGAGACGGUUGAGUUGAGGUGUCCAUGGUGACAAGUGAAGUAAGUCUCAUUUAGUUGAGGCGUGUAGUGGUUGCGACGUUGAAUCAAUGGCGGUUGUUCCUGUUGCCUUCGCUUGCACCUACAUCUCCUCCCUCAUUAUUGGCCUUUUUUGCCUUUCCCACCUAAUGGACGACUUUGAACCAGUUAGAUUUAGUGCUCAUUCUUCAAUCAGAUUUCAAGGCCUUUCGAUAUCAAUGGUCUGUUCAGAUUUCCUAGUGAAGUGAAGCUUUAAAAUACCGAAAAUGUUGAUUUGGACUUGAAGAGCUGAAUAAGGGAAAGGAAACCGAGAAAAAAACAGAUGGAAAGCAUUGUUGGGGUUAUUUUUAUUUUUUUGGGUUUUUAUUAUUAGUAAUGAACAGGUGUUUGCUGUUGAAGGAGGAGCGGAGAGUACCCAAUUAUGUGGUUAUCUCUCUGUCUUCAUUUCUUCUAUUUUCAUCAUUCAUCUCUGUUUCCCUCUUCUUUUCCAUCCAUCCACCUCUUGUCUUUUUCAUUCUCUCUCUUUCCAUGUUAAUGAAACUAGAGGAAAAAAGAAUAAGAAAUGGAUGUCAGGGGGUGGAAUUGUGGGCUCUUCAUUUUGAUUUUGUUUGUGGUGUCCAAUGUAUCUGCUUCUGGAGUAUUCAAGGUGUAUCACAGAUUUGCAGGUCAGGCUCCCUCUCUGAGCGAUGUCAAAGUUCAUGACAGCCGCCGUCACCGUCGGUUUCUGCUCUCUAACAUUGAUCUUCCCUUGGGUGGAAAUAGCAAUCCGGCAGAUGUUGGGACUUACUAUACUAAACUUGCUAUUGGGACUCCUCCAAAGGAUUAUUAUGUACUAGUUGAUACAGGAAGCAACAUUCUUUGGGUCAAUUGCAUCGAAUGCAAGAAUUGUCCAACAAAAAGCAGACUCGGUCUAGAGCUCAAGCCAUAUGAUCCAAAGGCCUCUGCGACUGGAGAAGUGGUUACAUGUGAUCAAGAUUUUUGCUACCUCGCUUCAGAGAGCCCUGUUCCUAGAUGCAGCAGAAAUAUGUACUGUGUAUAUGGCGUGGAGUAUCAAGAUGGGACUGAAACCUCCGGAUACUAUGUGAAAGAUGUUAUACAAUACAGUCACGUGUCUGGAAACCUACAGACAUCACCCUCUAAUGGGACUGUUAUCUUUGGGUGUGGUGCUGGACAAUCUGGUAAUAUGGGUUCAUCUGAUGCAGUUCUUGAUGGAAUAGUUGGUUUUGGACAGUCAAAUACAUCCAUGAUAUCACAACUUGCUUCAGAAGGGAAAGUGAGAAGGAUGUUUGCUCACUGCUUGGGCGGUGUAAAUGGAGGUGGAGUGUUUGCUAUUGGACACGUCGUGCAGCCAAAAGUGAAAACAACUCCAUUGGUACCAGAUCAGCCACAUUACAAUGUCAAUAUGGAGGGGGUUGAGGUGGGUGGCGUUAUUCUCAAAGUUCCUAGGGAUGUAUUUGAGACUGGGCCACGAAAAGGGACAGUAAUUGAUAGCGGUACAACCUUAGCCUAUCUUCCUGAGAUAAUCUAUGAGCCAUUAAUUAAGGAGAUUUUGGCUCAGCACUCUAAUUUGAAAAUACGUACUGUCCAGAAGGAUUUUUCGUGCUUUCAAUAUUCUCAAAGCGUGGAUGAUGGGUUUCCUGCUGUUACUUUUCAUUUUGAAAAUUCACUUUUGCUGGUGGUUUAUCCUCGUGACUAUUUAUUCCAGAUCUCGGAAAACGAAUGGUGUAUUGGUUGGCAAAGUAGUGGGAAGCAGUCCAUGGAUUCCUGGAACUUGACUAUUUUUGGAGAUUUAGUAUUAUCAAAUAAGCUUGUUUCAUAUGACCUUGAGAAUCAGGUCAUUGGGUGGACCGAAUACAAUUGUUCUUCGAGCAUUAAACUUAAAGAUGAACAGUCUGGAGCUUCAUAUGAAGUAGGUGCUAAAAAUGUGUCUUCUUCUGCUGGGGGCUUGGAUAUGGGGAAGCGUAUGAUAUUGUUUCUGACCACCAUGCUGCAUACUUUAGUUUACUGGAAUCAUUGCAACUCAUGGGCUGUAUAGGUUCCCUUGAUGUUGUAGUAUUAUAAUUUGUUUCAUUAGCCAACCCCAUUCAGUGGUGAUAAGGCUGCUUUUUUUUCUUGAUGUUUCAAUGAAAAUAUCAAGCUUUUUCUACA